AUGUUGCAGUUUGUGACUUUCUGCCAGCAACGAAGGCUUAUGAAGCAAUCCAGCAUUCCAUGUGGCUAUGUGUACAAGUCAGAUACCAUUCUGGACAGCUUUUUUGGAAAGUCGGGACCAAUUACGGAUGUUAAGGUUGAAAAGUCAUCUGUUCAUCUGAUGAAACCUCAUGAGACACGAGGAAAAGCUGAUGAACUGGCAGUUCCCCAGAGGUUAAUGCCCCAUCGCCAGUCACGUUCUAUUGUCAAUCCGAAGUAUGACCUGUCAAAUUUUUAUCUUGGAGACUGUAUAGAUGACUCUGGCUUGUAUGAUGUAACUCUCGAGCCAAACAUGAGCUACCAACCACAACAUGUUCCAAAUAUUUUUCUAACGAGCAAGUUAACCCGUAAGUCAAUCGUUGGCCACCCACUUAAUGUUGAUGUUUCAGAAGCUGGUAUGGUUAUUGAAAAGAGGCCACGUGGAAGGCCACGCACUAAGAAUGUCAUGCCACAGCAGUUGGUCCCACCAGUGAAAUCACGAAAAUCGAAAAAGCACAGGGGUUUGUCGAGAAAGACCAGGAAAUUUGCUUCACUUGCGGGUUUGCCAGAGCCAGAGGAGAUCCCUGUGAUCAACAUGGUCGCCAACCCAGUUGUAGCUUGCGUCCCUCUGAGGGUGGUGUUCAGCCGACUGAAUGCAGCAUUGAAUAGCUCUAUCUGA